AAAUACUAUUUUGUUAUUUGCUUCUGAUCGAAUAACGUACAAAAGAUUGUAGUGAAUAGCUCAAAAACAAUUUUUGAGAAAAAUGUUUGAUUUCGGCAGUUUGGAACAAAAUUCUACCGGAUACUUUCAACUCAAAUGGCAAAUGGGAACGUGGUGGAAGCGAAAGAAAUCGCCAGUCGCUACAUGACGGAUAUAAUAGGAGCCUUCAUGUUCGGCUUCGAGACCAACGCCUUCCAGGAGAAAGGCGAGGAUUUCCGCAGAAACGUCAAGAGAAUGUUCAAGAUCACACCGAUAAGUAUUGUCAGACUGUUUUCGUACUUUUUGGCGCCAGAAAUAGCAACUUGGUUCAACUUCCAAUUCAUGGAUAGUACUUACUUGCAAGGAGUUUUUCUGGAAACGAUAAAGAAAAGGAAGGAAACCAAAGAACAGAGGAACGACUUUGUGGAUUUGCUUCUCAAGUUGAAAGAAGAUUUUAGAAACUACAACAGCGGCACCGUUUUCGAUACAAAAACCAUGCUCACGCAAGCCAUAGCAUUCUUUCUUGGAGGUUUCGAAACAACAAGUACGAUUGCUUCUUAUGCUCUGUACGAACUGUGUCUCAAAAAGGACUGCCAGGACAGACUGAGAAAAGAAAUCAAUGAACACGUCAACGAAAAAGCUGGCGUCACUUUUGAAAACUUGGCAAAUAUGAAGUACUUGGAUAUGGUCGUUCUAGAAACCCUCAGAAGGUAUCCAGUUUCUUUAUUCCUGAACCGGAGGUGCAAAUAUGAUUACGUAGUGCCGUCGACAGGUUUAGUCAUCGAAAAAGGAACACCGAUCUUCAUUCCGGUAGACGGAAUUCACAACGAUUCCAAAUAUUACCCGGAACCCGAGAAAUUCAUACCAGAAAGGUUCGAGGACAAGAAAUCUUAUUCACAGUCUGGGAUAUUCAUGCCUUUUGGUAUAGGCCCCAGGCAGUGUAUAGGUAACAGGUUUGCGAUGAUAGCGACAAAGUCUUUUCUAGUGAACGUCCUCCAAACAUUCCAGCUGGAAAGAUGCCCGGAGACUCCAGUUCCUCUAAUUGUAGAUACAAAAUCGCCGUUUUAUCACUCGCGGAAACCACUGAAGAUGGUAGUAAAAAGUUGUACAAAAACAGAUAAUGAUCUGUCUUGAAGAUAUACUUACCUACCUUCAAUUGCCAAGCAAAAUGGCAAUACAUCAGGAAAAUGUUAAUUUAUUAUGGUUUUUACUUUUAUUUAUUUAGCUUAUUUGCCU